UCCUGGACUCAAUUUCCCAGGAACUCUACCCAUCUGGCCCUGGAGGAAAUGCCUCGGCCGGCGUUUCUCUAGCUCCGGCUUUGUGAGUUAAGGACCUGUUGGUUUGGAGCUACGCGCAGCAGCUCUGUCGCAACAGAUACAUCCGUCAGCACCGAGAAAAUGUUUGCUGUCCACUUGCUAGCUUUUUAUUUUACAAAGCUAAAAGAAGAUCAAAUAAAAAAGGUCGACAGGUACUUGUACCACCUGCGCCUGUCCGAUGACACCUUGCGGGACAUCAUGGCUCGUUUCCAGGCCGAGAUGGUGAAGGGCCUGGGCAGGGACACGAACCCCACGGCGGCGGUGAAAAUGCUGCCUUCCUUCGUGCGCUCGCUGCCCGAUGGAUCCGAGAAAGGCGAUUUCCUCGCUGUUGACCUGGGCGGCUCCCAGUUCCGUGCCCUCCAGGUGAAGGUGUCCCAGGAUGGGAAGCAGAGCUGCCAGCUGGAGAGCAAAUACUACCCUACACCCAAGGAAGUCAUCCAGGGCAGCGGAGCCGAGCUCUUUGACUAUGUCGCUGGCUGCCUGUUGGACUUCAUGGAGUCCAGAAACCUGACGUACAAGAAACUGCCCCUUGGCUUUACCUUUUCCUUUCCAUGCAGACAGACCAAGUUGGAAGAUGGGGUGCUCCUUAGCUGGACAAAACACUUCAAGGCCCGGGGCGUCCAGGGCACGGAUGUGGUCAGCUCUCUGCGCAAGGCCCUCGAGAAGCACAAGGGCAUCGAUGUGGAUGUCUUGGCACUGGUCAAUGACACUGUGGGAACCAUGAUGACUUGUGGAUAUGAAGAUGAGCGCUGCGAAGUUGGACUUAUAAUCGGCACGGGCACCAACGCCUGCUACAUGGAGGAGAUGAGGCACAUCGACCUGGUGGAGGGCGACGAGGGCCGCAUGUGCAUCAACACGGAGUGGGGCGCCUUCGGCGACGACGGCUCCCUGGAGGACAUCCGCACCGAGUUCGACCGCGAGAUCGACCAGGGGUCUCUCAACCCCGGCAAGCAGCUGUUUGAGAAGAUGAUCAGCAGCCUGCACCUGGGUGAACUUGUAAGACUCAUUCUUCUAAAAAUGACAAAGGAAGGUCUGCUCUUCAAUGGGAAAGCGUCAACAGCUCUGUGUACUAAGGGCAAGAUCGAAAUGAAACAUGUGGCAGCAAUGGAAAAGUAAGAGCUGCAGCAUGCCCUUGGAGAGUGGCUUUAGUCUGCCGUGAUCAGCACUGCUAAUAAUAAUAAUUUAAUUACAGUUUGUGAGCCCUUGGAAUUGAUCCUAGACUGCAUUGCUGUCCAGCACGUCUGCACCAUCGUUUCCUUCCGCUCGGCCAACCUCUGUGCUGCCGCCCUUGCUGCCAUCCUGGCACGGCUGAGGGAGAACAAGAAAGUCCUCAGGCUGCGAACCACUGUUGGCAUUGAUGGGACCCUCUACAAAGCCCAUCCCCAGUACGCCAAGCGGCUGCACAAGGUGGUGAGGAGGCUGGUGCCCACCUGCGACGUGCGCUUCCUGCUCUCGACGAGCGGCAGCACCAGGGGGGCCGCCAUGGUCACGGCGGUGGCGCGGCGGCUGGCCGAGCAGCGCAAGCGCAUCGACGCCGUGCUCGCGCCCUUCCUGCUCGCCCCGGCCGCCCUCCGGGAAGUGAGGGACAAAAUGAGGAAGGAGCUGGAGCACGGGCUCCAGAGAGACACGCAGGGCACGGCCACGGUGAAGAUGCUGCCCACGUACGUCUGCGGGACCCCGGAUGGAACAGAGAAAGGAAAAUUCCUCGCCCUUGAUCUUGGCGGGACAAAUUUCAGGGUUCUGCUGGUCAAAAUUAGAAGCGGGAGAAGGAAAUCAGUGCAAAUGUAUAAUAAGAUCUUUGCCAUUCCUUUGGAGAUCAUGCAAGGGACAGGGGAAGAGCUCUUUGACCACAUUGUGCAGUGCAUAGCAGAAUUCUUGGAGUAUAUGGGGAUUAAAGGCGCCCGGCUGCCUUUGGGCUUCACCUUCUCCUUCCCCUGCAGGCAAGCCAGCAUUGACAAGGGAACGCUUGUAGGUUGGACUAAAGGUUUUAAGGCAACGGACUGUGAGGGGGAAGAUGUUGUCGAUAUGCUAAGAGAAGCUAUCAAGAGGAGAAACGAGUUUGACUUGGACAUUGUGGCAUUGGUGAAUGACACGGUGGGGACGAUGAUGACCUGUGGCUACGAGGACCCAAAGUGCGAGAUUGGCCUCAUUGCAGGAACAGGCAGCAAUGUGUGCUACAUGGAAGACAUGAAAAACAUAGAAAUCGUGGAAGGGAAUGAAGGGAAAAUGUGCAUUAAUACCGAAUGGGGAGGAUUUGGUGACAACGGCUGCAUUGACAACAUCAGAACAGAAUAUGAUAAAGAAGUAGAUGAAGGUUCACUAAAUCCAGGGAAGCAGAGGUAUGAAAAAAUGACGAGUGGAAUGUAUCUAGGGGAAAUAGUGAGGCAAAUUUUGAUCGACUUAACCAGACAAGGACUGCUAUUCAGAGGACAGAUCUCAGAAUCGCUCAGGAAAAGAGGCAUAUUUGAAACCAAAUUCCUGUCUCAGAUUGAGAGCGACCGCCUGGCCCUGCUGCAGGUGCGGCGCAUCCUGCAGCAGCUCGGCCUGGACGGCACGUGCGAGGACAGCAUCGUCGUCAAGGAGGUGUGCGGGGCCGUGUCCGCGCGGGCCGCGCGCCUCUGCGGCGCCGGCCUCGCCGCCAUCGUGGAGAAGAGGAGGCAGAACCAAGGCGUCGAGCGCUUGGAAGUCACCGUCGGAGUGGACGGGACGCUCUACAAGCUCCAUCCGCAUUUCUCCAGGGUGCUGCGGGAAACGGUGAAGGAGCUGGCCCCGCAGUGUGACGUGACUUUCAUGCUCUCCGAAGACGGGAGCGGGAAGGGAGCUGCCCUCAUCACCGCAGUAGCGAAAAGGCUGCGUAAUGUAGGAGAAAACUAAAAACAAGAGGC